AUGCCGUUUCUUCUUCCCUCAAAUUGUUCUUGUUAUAACCUACACCUACCGCAAUUGGAUGCUCAAACGGCGGAUAGUAUGGAUGAAUGCUCCAUCAGAAGAUCUACAUUGGACGUAAGAACUGGUGCUGCAACAGUACUUGCCAGAUCGGGGAUAUUCGUGCACGGUGGGUUGACAAUCCCUUUGAAUUUACAAGAAAUAACAUCUACUAAUCUACAACAAGAGUUGAUUAUGCAUUUUGCCCGAGAAAGGAAGGACUCAAAUAGAUUUCAAAACCUGGGACAAUGGAUAAGUAAGGAAGUGUUCUUUUUAGAUUUGAUUUCAAGACGUUGGGAACGGGUAGAAACUAUGCCUGAAACUGAUCCCAUGGGUAAUCCGAUGCCCCGGUUGACAGAGAGGUUAUUUCAUUCUGUAUGCUAUUGUCAAGAGGCUAUCUUUGUUUUCGGUGGUUUGACAGUUUCAGAACAAUCUGAUUAUGAGUUUAUUUCCACUAAUGAACUUUGGAAAUUGGAUUUACAUAAUAAAGUCUGGUCAUUAAUCAGUAAGGACCCGUCAGUGACAAGAAGAUUCAAUAAUCAGAUGCAUGUCUUGUACGAAUCGGAUCCAAAGAAGGACACCAAGUUAAUUAUAGUGGGUGGUUUGAAUAAUUUGGACCAACCAGUUGAAACUAUUGACAUUUUCAAUUUAUCGACAAACUGUUGGGAAACGGAUGUGUGGGACGAAGAGGACGAUUUACAUAAUAUAACAGUUAAUAUCGGAGGCAAAUCUGUUCCUCUCAUCUCCGAAAAUAACUUUUCGUUGUUGGUUGAAGAAAAUGAGGCUAAACUGCCGUCGUUGGCUGUGUAUUCUCCCUCAAUAGAGGAAUCUCAUGAUCAUGAUCAUGAGUUUAAGUGCAAUUUCAACUCCGAAGAGAAUCCACUUUUCGCCUUACCUUUAAUGCCGGAUGCCGAAGGUGCUAGAAUGCACGUCUAUGAUGACAACGAUAGACGAAGAAAAAGAUUACAUAUCGCCUAUAAUUUGCAAUGGCCCACCGGCGAUAAAUUCGGUUAUAACAUCAUAAUAUCUGGUUUCCAUCCAAACUUACAGUCAGACAAUUUUCAUUGUUUCCUUUACAACAUCACUUCAGGGAAAUGGACUAGAUUGAGUAUCAACUGCGAUGAUAUACAUAGCUCAAAACAUAGAUUCUGGAAAUUGUUCUUAUGGGAAUCGCAUCACAAGGCUUUGCUUCUUGGUACCAAAAAUGAUUCUGGCUGUUUGCCCUCUGUACAAAAAUUUGAUAGACUGCUUUCCUUCGGGUUGCAUAUCACUAAUUUAUUCCAUUCUGCUCAGAGAGAUCAGAAAUCCUCUAAAUCAUCCUCUGCAAAGAAAAUACCGGGCAGUUUGGCUCAAACAGAGACAGACCAGUUCGAAAAUUACAGUAGAUAUGUUGCCCCACCAUCUGAAAUCACAUCUAUAAGAUCCGUCUUCCCAUCUUAUUCAAUGGUUUUAGGUAAAGAUUCUUUGGAAGUCUACAACAAGCUACUAGCAGAUUUUGAGUUCAUAACGGAAGAUGACGAAUCUGUCGCCGUUCCAAGUUUUUUACUUAGAAAGAGAUGGGGUAGGUACUUCGAUAUGCUUUUGGCUAAUGCUUAUGUUCAAGUUUCAACAGAUCGCAAAAUACCGGAAAGCUUUUCCCAGAUUUCAAAACUUUCUUCAGGAAACGUAGGGCAGUUAGGCGUCUCGCCGCAUACAUCUAGUUCAAUAUCUUCCAUAGCUAAGGAUGACAAGAAGCCAACAUCACAAGGAUCUUUGGACACAUUUUUUAGCCGCCACAGACCAAGUGCACAGUCUGUGCAAAGCAGCACGCCUCCAAUGGAAAGGAAAUCCGCUUGCUUAUUCUUCAAUACGCCAAGCACAUCUAAAUUAACAAAUGAUAACUCGUCUCAUUCGAUAGCUUCUCAUUCAGAUAGCUUAGCAACCGCUACUAACGCCAACGACAGAUUACCUACCUCUUUGGGAGUAAAUCCUGAUCAUAUAGUCUCUUUGGGAGAAAUAUCGGAGCAGUCUUCUCAGAGACGUCAUUCAAACGCUGCUUCAGGUGUAACGAGUUCAUCCGGUGGCAUGGUAUUUAGGGUUCCAUUCAGGCCAAGCGGAGAAAGCUCUAAGAGAUCAACACCACCACCUAUUAGCUUAGAUCCUAAUGACACUUCAGAACCAAUUAAAAUAUCUGUACCUUCGAAUAGGAAAAAUUCUGCAAGCUCAUACUCUGCUCUCUUUACUGACGAUUUCCUGAGAUCUAGCCAAGCUCAAUCUCGUAGAAUCUCUCAGUCACUGGGGAAUGAUAAUUUACUUCAUUCAAGCUUUGGGCUGAAUAGUCCAUUAAGCUCCCGUAAAGCUUCAUUAGCUUCUACGUCAAGUUCAAUUUCUCGUGUCAGCUCUUCAAGCGAUAGAAUGGGAGAGUCAAUUUACAGAAGUCCAGGAUCUGAAGAAAUACUGAGUCUGAAUGUUUCGCUACCACCAUUACUGCCUGUCCCAAGUGAACCGCUCCCUGCGCUACCUACACAUACAUCGCAUGAUUUUAGUGUUGACAAUCGACUUUCGGAUCAUUUUUUUCCGGAUACUCGCUAUCGAACUUCAACUUCUCCAUUAUCAAGUAGAAGAUCAUCUUUACACCAUGAUAUUUCUCAACAUAUAUCACAAGAGAAUAUCUAUCCAAACAGAAUUGAUGAGGUAUUUGUCGGAGAUCCUUUACACAAACCAGAUAACGAAGCUGAUGGCAUGACUACCCCUCAAAACGAGCGAAACUCAUUUGCUUCAAAUACUGAGAGUCUGACCAGUCAAACUCUGAAUUCGGGCGAUGUUGAUUUCGAGCCUCUAUUCAUACCUAGGUCAUUAUAUAUGCCUUGGCCUACAGAAACUGUUAAAGCGUUCGCGGAAUUUUUUUUCACUGGCCAAAUUGAUGGUAAAUGGCCUCUAUCACCUGUGGCGGUGGGAUUAUUGAAUAUGGCUAAGAUUUAUGAAGUGCCAUUGCUCUUCGAUCUAAUGCUUGAAGUAUUUUAUUCUAUCAUCGGGAAGAAAGAGGAAAGCUUGUUUGUGAUUAGCAAAUCUCUAAAAGAUGCUUUCCUCAAUCGAGUCUCACUGCUUUUUGAAGAUGACCAAGAUGCUAUGCAACAGUAUUUGGAAAAUCACAAAAAUUACCAGGAAUACCAGGCUAUUGAAAAAUCGUUAAACAGCAUAGAUGACGGUUACUUUGAUAUAGAUCAUUUGCGAAAGGCGUCUGCAGCAUUUUCGGUGAGUACAGUUAGUAGCAGUGCUACCCAAGAUCAUCUUGAUAAGUUGAAUUCCUUUGAUUCUUCUUCCGCACCUGCCCUUACUCCUUCGGUGAUAACCGGAAGUCCAAGGGAUAGCAUAAAUUCAAUAUCAUCAGCCCACUAUCCAAGCACCAUCACUGUAUCCGGGAAGAAAUCUUCGAUCUCACAUAUUCAACAAAGAAUCAAUACAAAUCCAAAACAUAAAUCGAGCUUAAGCAAGGAAGUUUCUACUGUGGAUUCUCCUGAAAUUUUGACACGCUCUUCUUCACCAGCACGCCCAGUCCAUACAACUACAGAAAUGCACAACAUAGAUGACGAACUUGAUCAAGUAAGAGAUAUUUUAGAGCAUGACGCUUUGGAAAAAUCUAAUACGAACGAUUCAAGCUGUCCUUCUGACUCUGACGAUCUAGGUGUUGGACUUUCUCUACCUUCUAAGAGCAAAAUAGAGAGGUCCUUCAGAGAACGAGCACUAGAACUAGAGGAUUCAGUUGAUCCCUUAUCUCGAGGAUCGACUGAAUCUGGCUCUAACUAUACGAAGAAACCGUCUUUGUUUAGCGGUAAAGUCAGAAAUGAUCCACCGUACCACAACCAGAAGUUAUCCACUUUAGAUAGUCUUGCUUCACCAAAUUCACUCCCACCUGUGGAUUAUGUCAUGGAACUAAUUUACGAAUCUGCAGUCUUAGUGAGUGACGUGAAAUUGAUGGUUAGAUGCAAGGACUGCUUGCAUAUUUCUAAAGAAAUCAAAACUCUCAAGAAAAAACUUGCACAAGAUAUGUCUGAAAUUGAUGACACUUUGAUGAAACAAAGAAGACAGCCAACUUUGCGUUCAAUAACGAGACCUGAAUCUCAAGAGCAAUCUCCUCAUCUUCCACUUCACACACAUAGUAAUCCGCACCUGCCGUCACCGUCACCGUCACCAAAUCUCAAAUCUUUUGAAAAGAUCACCAAGACAAUCUCAAACUUGACUAUUGGCACUGGAAGGUCCAAGACUAACCAAAGUAACAAGUCUUGA